AACUAGUCACAUUUUGCCGACCGAAUGUGACAGGCUAUUGUCGGCCUAUCUGAUGUUGGCCCAUACCUUUCUACAGAUGCUGCCAUAAUUCAUAAUUUCGCUAAUUAGUGAUCCGAUAAAUGGUCACAGUUAGCCUAAUUGUUUGUGUGGGGUGAUUGGCUCAUCUUCUGCUAUUCCGGGGUUCAUAAGAACACUGAUCACAUACCGCUGUUAUCAGCUUCCUUCCAAUCUAUCGCCACAUUGAUCAGUAUGACCUCUGAAUGUAGCGUCGCCAUCGAACAGGACAACGACGGUGUUGAGGACAAAGUUGUGGUGAAGAGAGACAGUGUGUUAACCACUGUACUCUGUCGCCUGUCACAGUUUUGGCCUGUCAGACUAGCGAUGCGUGCUCUCCGUGGGUUUUGGUGGCUGUUGGGUUUCUCCCCUUCAGAUGAGGCUUUUGUUCCUCCAGAAGAGGAUGCCAAUUCUAGUCCAGCCCGCCACUGUCUAGCAGGCCGCAAGCGUCUGCGUCGAGCCACACGCAUCCUGUUGGCCAUCCUGCCUCGCCGUCUGCAGAGCACCCUGGGCUACCCUGUGUGCACCAGCAUCGGCCGUGCUGUAUCCCCAGAGGUGCUUUGCUCCCCCACUAAGCUCUGUGGGAAAGGCAACAAGAGGAAGCAGGAUGACCUUGACGACGACGAGGAGCAGCAGACCUGGGUUGAGGCACUCUCUCAGGAACUAGAGGAUGAGGAGCCUUCUGUUGAUCCUGACUAUGAGCCGAGUGCAGUGGACACUGACAGUGAGGAGUAUAACUCUCAAAAUGACACAGAAAGUGACCUUGAUGUUUCAGGGAAGGUCGUGAUUGACGACCUUAAAACGGUACAGAGUGAGCGUCUCAUUGGCAUGGCGUUUCAUCAUUCUGCAAGUACUCUGACUACAGGAGAUUGGCAUUGAAUCUAGUUGUCUUUUUGCCUUGUUUGCAGAAUGUUCCUCAGACGGCAUAGUGGAAGGUGGCAUUUCAGGUGUGCCGCCUUCAGUUUUAUCACCACCUGUAAGCCUCCAGUGCCAGUAUUCACUUUUUGCUUGUUUGUAAUUUACUAAAUAAAAUAUUCAUCUUCA